AUGGGAUCCUCUGAGUUUCAAUCGCCUCGUGUAAUCAAGGCCGCUGGUCUGCCUUAUUUUACCCCGGCAAACAAUGGCGGAGCUGCUCUGAAUCCAGAAGACCCCAGCACUCCGACAUUGUUUCGACCAUUGACAAUUCGAGAUGUCACUUUGAAAAAUCGGAUCAUGGUCGCACCAAUGUGUACAUACUCGACCAACCCUGAUCCCUCCUCGCCGGCUAUUGGUGCUCUCAAUGACUUUCACAUUGCUCAUCUCGGCCAUCUAGCGUCUAAGGGUGUGGGUCUUGUGAUCAUCGAGGCCACAGCAGUGCAACCAAAUGGCAGAAUUUCUCCCAAUGACUCUGGUCUCUGGCAGGAAGGCACGGACUCUGAACAGUUCAAGGGUCUUCAACGCGUCGUCAACUUCAUCCAUAGUCAAGGAGCCAAGGCUGGUAUCCAGUUGGGUCAUGCUGGACGAAAGGCUAGCGCUGUUGCACCGUGGCUAUCGUGGGAGGGAAAGAAGGGUAGCAUUAGAGCGGAUGAAAGUGUUGGAGGCUGGCCAUCUAAUGUCGUUGGUCCUGCUGGUGGUGAAGAGCAAAAGUGGGCCCCUGGGAAUGUCAAAUAUUGGGCUCCUCGUGAGCUCAGCACGAGCGAAGUUGAGGAAAUUGUCCAGGCCUUUGCGCGCAGUGCUAAGCUUGCUGUUCAGGCUGGCGUUGAUGUGAUUGAAAUCCAUGGUGCUCAUGGGUACUUGGUCCAUCAGUUUUUGAGUCCGGUCACCAACCACCGUACUGAUAAAUAUGGUGGAAGCUUUAAGAACCGCAUCCGAAUCGUGCAGGAGAUCACUGCUACUAUCCGUGCGGUUAUUCCUGAUGGAACCCCUCUGUUCCUCCGUAUCAGCGCUACGGAAUGGCUGGAAGGCAACCCGGUCGCGGAAAAGACAGGCAGUUGGACUAUGGAUUCCUCGACUGAACUGGCGAAACUGCUACCUGAAUUUGGAGUGGAUUUCCUGGAUGUCAGUUCCGGUGGUAACCACAGAGACCAGAAGGUUGAGCCCCACGGUAACUAUCAAAUCGAUCUUGCAGGUCAACUGCGCAAGGUGAUUCAGCAGGCAGGCCAGAAAACUCUGGUUGGAGCUGUUGGACUGAUUACCGAGGCGGAAGCUGCUGGCCAGAUUGUUCAGGGUGCAGAUGAAGCAGUUGCUACGGAAGAACUCCUUGCUGGUCAAGAGCCCAAGGCCGAUGCGGUGCUCUUGGCCCGCCAGUUCCUUCGAGAGCCUGAGUGGGUGCUCACGGCUGCACGGAAAUUAAAUGUCCCAAUUUCGCUCCCUGUGCAGUUUGCACGCGGUCUACUAUAG